CACCGAUGGACAUAAAAGGGGAGUUGAAAUACAGAUAUGGCAUCAAAAUGAACUAUAUGAAAGCUUGGAGAAGUAAGGAACAUGCAGUAAACGACUUGAGAGGUAAUGCUAGUGACUCGUACAGCCUAAUACCGAGUUUCUUACACAUGGUGGAAAAAACAAACCCUGGAUCAUUUGUCGAUCUGAAAACGACAGAAGACAACAGCUUGCUCUUUGUUUUCAUGGCGUUGGAUGCAUCCAUAAAAGGGUGGGGAGCAUGCAGACCGAUAGUUGUUGUGGACGGAAUGUUCCUCAAAGCAGCUUAUGGGGGAACUUUGUUGUGCGCAUGCACACAAGAUGCAGCAGGUCAUAUUUUUCCACUAGCGUUUUGUGUUGCAGAUUCUGAGAAUGACAAAUCUUGGAAAUGGUUCUUCAAAAAAUUUAAAGAAGCGUAUGGGGUACGGGAACACCAAUGCCUAAUUUCAGACAGGAAUGAAAGCCUCAUCAAAGCAGCAAGAGAAAUCUAUCCAGAAAUUACACACAGUUACUGCGGUUACCACAUUUUGAGCAACCUUAAAACAAGCUUCAAACAACAUGCUGCCAAAUACAAUCUGCCAUUCUUUGGAGCAGUCAAAGCCUACACAGAAAAGCAAUUCGAGUUCCACAUGGCUGAAUUGGAUGGAUUGGACAAACGCAUAAGACCUUACCUAAAAAAAGUCGGUUAUGAAAAGUGGUCAAGAAUUCAUAGCCAAAACAAGAGGUAUUCUACAAUGACCUCAAACAUAUCAGAAUCACUGAACGCUGCAAAUUUGGCAGCAAGGGAGCUACCAAUUACAACGCUGCUAGAAUGCUUGAGAGCAUUGGUGCAACAAUGGACGCAUACUAAUAGGACAAAAGCACACAACACCUUCACUAAGCUAUCACCAACUGGAGAAGACAUACUGUUGAAAAAUUACACAUACUCAUUGAAUCUGGAGGUUAAAGCAACAACAGAUUACUUGUUUGAGGUAACAAGAAUGAAAGAAUCGUGGGAAGUAGACCUAGAAAAAAGAACAUGCACGUGCAACAGGUUCCAAAUAGAUGAAAUGCCAUGCGGGCACGCUGUGGCCGUGAUGAGGCAGAUGAACAUGGACCCGUACACCUACUGUUCAGAUUACUACACAAAAAAAAAUUGGCUGGCAACUUAUUCAGGGACAGUUUACCCAAUAGGACACCAAAGUGAGUGGGAGGUACCGGAAGAAGUGAAGAAUAUUAUAGUCUUGCCUCCACAUGAAAGAGUAAAAUCAGGAAGACCAAAAACAUUAAGAAGGAAGGCUGGAUGGGAAAAGGAUCAACACAACAAGUGCAGCAAAUGUGGUGAACUGGGGCAUAACAAAAGAACAUGCAGCAGAAGACGUAGAAGGGAAUAA